AUCACAUAUAAGUCCGCUCAAGCGUGAAGCUUUUUCAACUCACAUGCAAAGUAGAUUCGACAAGUUAGGUCCGGUUUUGAUGAUUACACAAGUGUAGGCGGUUAAUGCUUGAUGUGCACACCGAUAGACACUACCGCAAAUAAUAAGAUGGCGGAUACUGAGGCUGUUAUCAGGAAUGAACAGGACCCUGAUCCUGAGGCAGUCAGAUUACAUCCUAUGGCGGAUUCUGAGGAUGUUAUCAUGACUGAACAGGACCCUGAUCCUGAGGCAGUCAGAUUACAUCCUCUCCAAAAGAUCUCUGAUGAUCUCCAAGAAGACCACCGCAACAACUUCUAUUGUGAAAUGCUAUUUCAGCUUGUUGGUGCCACUGGAAACGUGUUAGUCGUUGUGGCAUUUGGGUUCAUGUUCAACCCAAACCUUUUUCACUACUCUGACUACAUUGCUGCGUCAGGGUCUGCCGUCUCGCUGUUGUCUAAUAUCGGAAUAUUGUUAGCAGACCGUAAACUACGAUACGACAACAGAAAACUUGUAAAAGAAGAUCUUCUCAAACUGAUUACAGAUGGCACAGAAAACUCACAAAUAGUAUUAAACUCCCAAAGUCUGAAGACCCUGAUAGAUAUUUCUUUACGUCCUGAAGAAUCUCUUAUUAUCAAGGUUAUUGAACUCAUGAAACAAAGGAUUUUUUCUUGUGGGCGUUGCCAGCAUACCUGUCUCAGCGAGGACCCGGAUGUUCCUUUAUGUACAUGUUCUUGUGGUCCUUGUUCCGAUAGUUAUGCCUGUUCCUUCCUCUCCUUUAUGCUUACCCCGGGUUUUUACGAAGAUACAUUCCAAGUGGUGUCUUCAGGGUGGUUGCUCAGCAGCAACAUAAAAGCCAUUGCUGAUCGAGUCCAGAACAGUGAUCCACCGGAUAAUCUGUUGUCAAUGGGAUCCUUAGGCAUGAUCUGUGAAUUUGUGGAACUGACACUUGCUGUACUGUCGGUUUUCAUAGUCAUCGCCUUCUUAUGUUCUCAGUGCUCCAGUCGUCAAAAAGGCGAAAUGCCAAAUAUCAUUAAUAGAGUAAACGAAUUAGACCUCGGACAAGCUUCCAGUGCCUAACAGUAAUCAGCAGAAAUAGCGGACGCCAAUCUAAAUGUAAAGGAGUCAAGCUUGUUACUUCUUGGCAUUCAUUUUAUAGAUUUGACUUUAGGUUGUAUGUUUGUUUGUUUGUUUGUUUGUUGUGUAACAUUCCAGGAACAUUCCAGCUAUACGAGUACAAUGUGUAAAGACCAUUUCUGGUAUCCCCUGCCGUGAUAUUGCUGGGAUUUUGUCCAAAGCGGCAUAAAACCAUACUCACUCCCAGCUUUGUGACUGCAGUCUGUAAAUAAUAGAGUCUGAACAAGACACUCGAGUGGAUGACAUCAUGUUUUAGGUUGUAGAGCUAGUAAAUAACGUAGAUAUUUAUUAUCUUUAAGUUCAUAUCAACCGUUAGGGGUGAUUUAGCCCGAAGUGUAAUGAUAAUGGCAGAUAACAAUUCUAUUAAUUGUCAAAAUAUGUUCAUGAUCAUUUGUUAGGAAAUAAAAUCUAUAGUGCGAAGGCGAAACCUUUUUAUUGAUCUUUUUAAUAUCCUGAUAUAAAAAAAAUAUGGAUUUCGACGCAGCACGCAGGUUUCUCCCCAUGGUGAUCGCUGGGAAGAAUAGUUCCCCAGUUGGGAUUUACGGGUAGAAUAUGUGGUCUGUACCCUGUACUGUCGCACCGUCGGGAAUACGGGGAAGAAUAUUAGGGAUGUACCCUGGGGAUAUACGAGCACAAUAUGCGGCUGUGUCAUAUACUAGUCACCCAUUGGGGAGUACCUGGCGAAGUUGUGAUUGUAGCUAUAGACUUUGUUGAUAAACACUCUCCGUGUGAUUCACAGAGGCUUACAAGGGUCAAGUACACAACGAUGACGACAGUCACAGGCCAGAGAUGGGUCAAGGCUGUAACCAGAGCAUGAAUCAAAGUUACAAACGCUAGGUUACUGGCCAGAAAGGUCAAGGUUAUAAGCGGAGGACCAAUCAAAGUUACAAACACCAGGUCACAGGCCAGAGAAAGGUCAACGUUAUAACCGGAGGACCAAACAAAGUUAAAAACGCUAGGUCCGGUGCAGGUUUUAGGUUUUAGACAAGUGACGAUCUUUCAGAAAACGACAUCUUACGCGAAUUGUGUAUAAACAGCCUUAUUUUGGGACAUUAAUGGUGUGGCAGAAUCACAUCUUGUUGGAGAAAAUGAACUGAAAACUCAAGGUUAUACAUGGUUCGGUCAUCGAAAAUGCGAAGUGCGGAUCUGGAGGUUAAGAACAAUUUAGUUUAUAUUUCUAAUGUAUUAGUAUUAGGUAAUAAAUCCGGCAUAUGAAGGGACUGUGUGGUUACAACUCUCACACGAAGGAAUGACCAGUUGUGUUGCAACAAUGUGUGUGUUAUUUGCCACCGGAAUAGUCAACAACACACGUUGAUGCGACCCAGUUUAAAAAAAAUACUUGUGCAGAAUUACGCCUAUAACAUUACAAUAAUAAUUAUAUCUAUGGCGAUUUCAAAUCGAUUUUCGUUUACUUUGAGGGUGUACAUUUCUUGCUUGUCUCAGAUCGAUGACACUGUUUUUAUCUAUGGACGGUUAUUAUCUGACUUUUUAUUAAAUGCCAAUAAACGCAAGUGUGUUAGUGAUUUGAUGUAUGUUUCAUAUUAAAGCGCUUCUGUGGUUGAA